AUGGAGGCUGAGCACCGCAGGUUGAUGGCCGAAUGGAACAAGCAAUCGAAGGAUCUGGGCGCUAUCGGCACUGCACUGAAGCAGCUGAAGGAUCUAAUGAACAAUGCUGAUGCACUUCGGGGAGACGUAUAUGAAAUUGAAGUUUUAUGUGCGAUACUCAAUUCUGAUCUGGAAGCUUUCCAUGAAGCUAUCAGUGUCCUUAUCAGUUUCUACCAGUCCUACAGCUUGAACAAAGAAUGGCCGAAUAAAUGGCUGAUGAUUGGUUUGAAUCUGAUGUAUUUGUUGGCCACCAAACAACAUGCUCAGUUCCACAUGUUCCUUGAACAAAUCGAUCAGGAUGUCCAGCAAAACAAUCCAUACAUUUGGACACCGGUAAAGCUUGAACAAUCGCUGAUGGAAGGCGCUUAUAACAAGGUAAUCAGUUAA